AUGUCGCAAAUCAAGACAUUUCGAAUUCUCAUCCUACCAGGAGACCAUGUCGGCCCUGAAAUCAUGACCGAAGCUCUGAAGGUCCUCGACGUGAUAGAAGCUAGUCGAUCCGACAUCCAAUUCGAAAAAGAUACAGAUAUCUGCGGCGGCUGCAGUAUCGACAAACACGGUACCCCAAUCACAGAAUCCGUCCUCGAAAAGGCCGUGUCUAGCGACGCCGUACUUUUCGGUAGCAUCGGUGGUCCGGAAUGGGCAGGAGCCGAGCCAACUCCAGAGUCUGGUCUGUUGCGGCUCCGUCAGCGCCUUGACGCUUUUGCCAACCUGCGUCCAUGCGAGAUUCUAGUACCGUCUCUCGUCAGUGCAUCACCAAUAAAGCCUGAGCUUGUGGCGGGGACUAAGUUCAUCGUUGUGAGAGAGAACUGUGGCGGUGCGUAUUUCGGAAAGAAAGAAGAAAGUGAAGAUGAAGCAUCCGAUCUUUGGGUUUACUCGAGAUCUGAGGUUGAGAGACUGGCCCGCGUGAGUGCUGCUAUCGCCAGGAUCUUGCAUGCGGGCAACGAAAAAGCGGACAAUGGAAGCAAACCAAUUGUCUGGAGCGCUGACAAGGCAAACGUUCUUGCGAGUGGGAGACUUUGGAGACGCGCAACGACGGAUAUCUUCAAUCGAGAACUCACAGACAUUGACCUCAGACACCAACUCGCCGAUAGUUUAGCGAUGCUGAUGGUUCUUGACCCCAAGCGUUUCAACAACAGCGUCAUUCACACCGAUAAUACUUUUGGAGACGUCCUUUCCGAUAUUUCUGGCGGUAUCACAGGUACGCUUGGAAUUCUGCCAAGCGCAAGUCUUGCUGGUGUCCCUGGAGAAGGGUCUUGUAAAGGGAUAUACGAGCCCGUUCAUGGGAGUGCUCCCGACAUUUCAGGCAAGAACCUUGCAAAUCCUGUGGCGCAAAUCUUGAGUCUGGCUAUGAUGCUUCGCUAUUCGUUUUUGCUAGAGAAGGAAGCAGAUGCCAUUGAACAAGCUGUUGCGAAGGUUCUCGAUGUUAAAGAUGGCGGUGGUUUGGAGAUUAGGACAAAAGACCUUGGUGGAAAUGCAAUGUGCAGUGAAGUUGGAGAUGCAGUUUGUAAGGUUCUUGGUAAUAUCUUGGAAACUUAA